CAAGUCCAUCUUGUCUCCAUUGCACUGCAAAACUACGAGAAAUUAUUCCAAACAAAGUACCAAUCGAUUCAUAUCAACCAUGAAUACAUCACGAGUGCGAAAUCAAGAUCUCGCCGGAAAGGUAGCAGUUGUAACAGGAGCGUCACGCGGUAUCGGGCGAGCAGUUGCUCUGAACCUUGCAUCACGAGGAUGCUCUAUUCUUGGAACAUGCUCCAGCACAGAGAAUAUCGCCAUGAUAAAUUCCCUCAAUCAAGAAGUCGACACUAUCUUCGAGGGGAUUAUUCGGAAACAAAAGAUCACAAUCCUCGGAAUUAGUGCCAACAUACUCUCGUCCACAUGUGCUGAGACAAUUGCAAACACACUCGUCGAACACUUCUCAAGCAAGGUUGAUAUCUUUAUCAAUAACGCAGCCGAUGGACGUGAUGCUGUUCUUGGAGAACUGAUAGUUGAGGGAAUCCAGGAGAGUUUGAUAAGCAACAUUCAAACGCCUGUCUUGAUCGUGGAGGAGUUUGUAAAGAGGAAAAUGUUCCAACCCGAGGGAAGAAUCAUAUACAUCUCUUCAAUCAGGUCACGACAACCAUGGUCUCACCAAUUGAUGUACUCGGCUGGGAAGUCUGCUGGAGAGUCUCUUUGUCGGACAUGGUCACAAGCAUUUGGUGGGAAGGAGGAAGAGGUAAGUGUUUUUGACCUUUUCUAGUUACAUGUAGCUGAUUUACCCCUCCCAGUUCUCAUUCAUGGCCGGUACAACAGCAAACUCCGUGACAGUUGGAUUGACUCAAACCGAUUCAAUCAUGAAAUGCCCCCCCGAUGCUUUAGAAGACUUUAAAAAAGAAUUCUUCCCGCUUCAGUCGUCGCCUCGCUUUGGUCAACCUGAAGAUGUUGCAGAUGUAGUUGGAAUGCUAUGCAGUAGAGACGCCAGAUGGAUAACCGGCCAGGUUAUAUCAGCUUCGGGUGGUGGAGUAAAGAUUGGAUGA